GAGGCGCUGAGGAGGAGCCGCCGCCGCCACUCGCUCUGCUCCAGCCCCAGCGAGCCCGGAGGCGGCAGAGGAGCCCCGGCAGCCCGGUACCUGCUGCAGGAAGGGACAGAACAAGAAAGCACCAUGUCUUCAGUCUCAGCUUAUUACAAUGGAAAGACUGUACUUAUCACAGGAGCUACAGGUUUCAUGGGCAAAGUACUGGUGGAAAAACUUCUGCGCUCCAGCCCUGAAGUGAAAGCAGUUUAUAUUCUUGUCAGGCCAAAGGCUGGACAGUCAAUGCAAGAGAGAGUGGCCAACAUGUUGAAAUGUAAGGUCUUUGACAGGGUCCGAGAAGAUUGCCCUAAUUUCCAUGAGAAGAUUAAGCCUAUUAAUGCUGAACUCACUCAGCCCAAGCUGGCCAUCAGUGCUGAAGACGAGGAGGAGCUUCUGACCCGGGUCAAUGUUGUCUUCCACUGUGCAGCCACAGUUCGCUUUGACGAACCCCUCAAACAUGCCCUGCAGCUGAACGUGAUGGGCACACAGCGGCUCCUCGAGCUGGCCCGGCAGAUGCAGAAUCUCGAGGCCUUCAUCCACAUCUCCACUGCCUAUGCAAACUGCGUCCGGAAGUGCAUCGAGGAGAUCAUUUACCCACCCCCAGCCGAGCCCCAGAAGCUCUUUGAUUUAGUAGAGUGGCUGGAUGAAUCUAUCAUUCAAGACAUCACACCCAAGCUCCUUGGGGAGUGGCCCAACACUUACACCUACACCAAAGCCUUGUCAGAGUACCUGAUUCAGCAAGAGAAAGGAAACUUGAACGUUGCUAUCAUCAGGCCGUCCAUUGUGGGAGCCAGCUGGCAUGAGCCUUUCCCAGGUUGGAUUGACAACUUCAAUGGGACCAGUGGAAUAUUUAUUGCGGCAGGCAAAGGGAUCCUGCGGACCGUCAUUGCCAACAACGAAGCGGUGGCAGACAUGAUUCCUGUUGACGUUGCCAUCAACCUGACUCUGGCAGCUGGGUGGUACACAGCUGUGCACAGGCCAAAAAACUUGUUGGUGUACAACUGUACAACAGGGGGAAUUAACCCUUUCUUCUGGGGAGAAAUGGGGCAGUACGUCAUGUCCACGUUCAAAAGGAACCCCCUGGAGCAGGCCUUUCGAACACCCAAUGCUCACAUGACCUCCAGCUACUUGAUAAACCAGUACUGGAUCACUGUCAGCCACAAGGCACCUGCCAUCCUCUAUGACCUGUACAUGAGGCUCACAGGGAGAAAGCCCAGAAUGAUGAAGAUCAUCAAUCGGCUGCACAAGUCUAUGACACUCCUGCAGUAUUUCUCCACCCAGUCCUGGAACUGGUCUUCGGAUAAUAUGAAUAUGUUAAUGAGUCACCUUAACACAGAGGACAAAAAGUUAUACAACUUUGAUGUUCGCCAGCUGCACUGGUCAGAGUACAUCGAGAGCUACUGCAUAGGUGCUAAGAAGUAUUUGCUAAAUGAGGACAUGGCUGGCAUUCCAGCAGCAAAGCAGCAUCUACGCAAGCUGAGGAACAUUCGAUACGCAUUCAACACCACCCUCCUUGUGAUCAUCUGGCGCAUCUUCAUUGCAAGGUCACAGAUGGCUCGAAACAUCUGGUACUUUGUGGUGAGCCUCUGCUACAAGUUCCUGUCCUACUUCAGGGCAUCCAGCACCCUCAGGCACUGAAGCCAUCCAUCAGCAACCAGCCUCUUCCAGAAGGACCUCCAUCUCCUCUAAUCAGAAACUGUGGGCAUCGGGGUCUGAAAGUAGCAGAAAAAUCCACUCCGUCGAACAGCAGCUGGCAUUUAUUGUGCACUGUUACAUGCUCACCUUUUUAAUUUUAACUAAUGCUUUAAUACAUGGUGGUCUUUCUUCCAUAGGACCAGGCCAAUUUUUAAAGCCAUAACUGAAGCUUUAGGAACAGGUCAAGCUGGGACCCUUCAUCUAGAAUCUGAUGUGCAAGAGUAAGGAUUAACCAAAGUCAUUGUCUUCCCAUGUACUACUCCCUAGGCUAUCUUAAUUCUAUCUUCCUCAAAAGAAUCAAAUGUAAAGCAUGACCUUGGAAGACAAGGAUGCCACCAGAGAAGACCCAGCCAAGGAAGUUAACCUGUAAGAGGUCUUCCUAAAGCAGCUGUUCCUUCAUUCUCAUUCAGUGAA